CCUCACGAUGAGGCCUGCUGCUGAGGAGAGAGCGAGUGAAAUGAACCUUGGCCUACCUAGGCUGCUGUUGAUUGCGAAUAUAUAGGCCUUUUUCAUUUAAGUAAAACCAAAGUUACAGGUGAACGAGUAUAGUGAAAAGAAGCAGACAUGGGGAAUGUCAUCCGUGGGGACAAGUUUUAAUAUUGUAGUGGACAAAGAUGAGAAGAACGUUGUCACGGCCAAAUGGACUGUUUGCAUCUCGCUAUUCAGCAUUGAUGCAAUUUUCAAACUUUAAAGAGAAGGUGUGUUCAGUGGCCAGCCUGAUCAUCUCUGUCACACACAAGGGGACGGUCAACUGCGUCAGGAAGGUGGGAGGCAGCCUGGACCCAGAGAGCAUCUUUGAGAUGACAGAGACAGGGAAACGGGUAGGGAAAGCCCUCAUGGAGCUUCUCCAGAAGGAGAGUCUGGGAAAGAAGAGAGAAAAUUCAUCAGAGGAGCAUAAAGUGCACAUCCAAAAGAGCAGAUGUGAGACAGGAGCAUUUCCACUGCCUAAGAACCAUGGCCUGGAGCAUAUGAUCUACUUUGCCAAAGAGGAGACCGGUCCAAAGAAACAUUACAGGGUGGGACCACUGGGACAUCCAGAAAUCAGAUAAGGAUGUCACAGUGCAUGUGAUGUCUGGGACUGAGAGAGUAUCAGGUUCUGAGGUUGGACAGCUCCAGCUCCAGGCAGCAGUUUUCAAUUACAGUUUUUUCCUUUUGUGGAGGACUUGAGGACAUAAAUUGCUAGGCUCCACAUUGAAGCAGUCAUUCAACAACAGACCUAACCAUGGAGUUCAGAAGAACCUGUUUGGUUUUUGGAAUACUCCUCUUGGUGAACUGCUCAUUCCAGCAGGCUUUCCCUACGAAGAAAAUGGUUAAAAAGGAUGAAGGCAAAGGCGCAGCCAUAGAGGAGCUGCAGAAGCAGAUCAAUGACAUUGUUCAGGAUCUAAAUAUUAUGAAGGAGCAACAGGCUUUGCAGUCAGUUUGUUUGAAAGGGGUCAAGGUUCAUGGCAAGUGUUUCCUGGCUGAGCCGCUGAAGAAAAGCUACCACACAGCCUUUGACGACUGCAUUGCCCUGGGGGGUGUACUUGGUACCCCCUUGUCCAAGGACCAGAACGACCAGCUCAGCGACUACGUCCACCAGAGCAUCGGCCCAGGCGAGCAGAUCUGGCUGGGCAUCAGCGACAUGGUGACUGAGGGCAACUGGAUGGAUCAGACGGGUAACAGCAUCCUCUACAAGAACUGGGACUCUGGUUCCAGAUCCCCAAAAACAGAUCGUUCCCAGAACUGUGUCAUCCUCUCGGAGGCCACUGGUGGGAAAUGGUUAGACAAGAACUGUCGUGAGGAGAAGGCCUCUGUCUGCGAGUUCAACAUAGUCUAAGGCACGCCAUUUGUUAGUUGCAUUUCCCAUGCUUGAAUUAUAUUUUUUGUUCGCUACCAUGUAUUCUUUUCUACAACGUACGCUUUGGUUUUAAAUUCAACCCCUGAAAAUGUAUAUUUUUUAACAUUUGGAACAAGUUACUGACACUUUUCUAGAGCUGAUAAGGUUAUCAAAAAUGUUGGAGAAUUCUUUGUAAAAAAAAAACAUGGUGGUUACUUGGACACAGAUUAAGGAUUAUCCAGGACUAGGAUUAAUCUGUGUCUGGCAAAACUGUCCCAAUGACAAUGACACAUUUUCAUGUGAAUUUGCACAAGUAUGAGAUCCUUACGUUACCAUAUAGAUUGCUUUCCUAUCUAAUUUACAAUUAUUUCAGAGUGCUAGCUUUUGAAUACUUGUUUGUUUUCAUCACAAGAUGUCUAGCCUGAACACAUAAAAUCUCAAUAAAAGUUAUGAAAUUAUAA